GAUAUAAUGUAUUGUUGGAGAUAGAGGUAAAGAGAAAGAACUUGAAAAACAAGCAAAUUAACAGAGAGAUAAAUUCGCAGCGUAGUGAAACCGAUAAUAUUCCUUGCUCUCCUAACACUGACGUCCCUUUCCAGGCAGCGGCGAGAUGGUGACCCAGCUCAUCUCCGGCAUCACGUACGGCAUUCAGGCUGUGACCUUGCCAGGCAGCCCGACCGCCAUUCCUGUCCCGCUUCCCGUCCUUUCUGCCAACACCAGACUUUACCUGGAGUUCACGUGCCAAAAUGAGCUCAUCGGGAGGACAGUUUUAAAGCUGGUAGAUUUCGGCAGGCUAGGACGCGAGUUCGACCUCCUGGUGACGGGCCGACUCGGGUAUGGCUACAAGGGGUCGAGAGUGUACGCCUGCUGUAGGAACGAGUGGUGUUUGAUGGGGGACUUAAUCUACGAUGCCCCCGCGCUACCCGAGCGGCCGCUGCAGGACUGGGACUGCAGGAGUGCCAUCCCGUCCCAGUCUCCAGACUCGGGGACUUCCGAAGGAGAGGCAGACGACGGCGGGGUGUUCGUCCCGCGCAAAUUACAUCGAGGCUACAGAGGGCUGACUGAGUGCGAGAAAUCGACCCUCAGCGACACCGUGGGAUCUGUAGUCUUAGUGGGGUCGGACCUGGACAUGAGCACCGGCGCCUGGACCCUCGGACCGCAGUUCAAGAUCUGCCUCAGCGAGUCACUCAUACAGUCAGGGCGCGUGGUGGCGCAGGUGGAGGCGGGGAUGGACGUGGUCGCGAGGCUCUCUCAGAUGAGUCUUAAAGGAGACUUCGCUCCGUCGGAGAGGAUUACCAUCACCAACUGCGGCUCCUGCUGACACUCGGGAGGUCAUUUCUACGGGCCUGUGUUAUUUCUACUGACCAGCGGUCUUGGACAUUUUUGAGCAAUAUCCCUUUAAGUAGUCACGAGUUUUUUUUUUAGAAAUAAUAUUGAUGUUUAUUUCAGUCGUGCAUAGCGAUACUUGGCAAUAACACGUUAAACGGGAAUCUUUUCUUUUCAUUCUUAGUUUGUUUGCUUCGUAUCUUUUUGCUUUUUCAAUCAAAAUAAAACAUUCAGCUUUCCCUUUGCGAAACUUCUAAAAGCUCUUUAGAAAAAUCUGGUUAACAGUUUUCCAAUUAAGAUAUGAAUCUUAUCAGAAAAUGCUGUACAAUUUUCCGGCCGAACCAACACGAAUGUGAGCUUCCUUUUAGAUCAUUAGUUGCAAAUAUAGGAAAUAUAUAUAAUAUAUAUACAUAUAUACAUUAU